CUUUCACUCUCUCUUUAUCUCUUUCACUCUUUCUCCCUUCCUCUAUCAUCUUUUUCUAUUGAUGAUGUAGGACAACUUGUGCCGCGACAGCGUGUUGUCUGGAACGACGUGCACGAGCGAGUGAUCAAGCGCCAGCAUUCGCAAGAUUACGUUCGCGCUUACGUUUUCCCUUUCGUUUGCCACUGCCGUACCUGUGCAGCGUAAUGCCAGGCGCAUGCAGCGCUCUCUUUCCCUCUCUUGUGUACACACACACACACACAUACACACGUCGUAAUCGUCAAAAUGACACGCCAAGAUGGUAAUUCCGCGUGAUGCAAAUUGGUGUGUGGCGAUGCGCGCGUACAGCUGAGAAUUAUCACGCUCACGUGACUCCGUCUUCGGUUAUCGCGACCGAUACUACAGUCGCGGUUGGCACGCGGACGAUCUUCGAACCUGUCGCCUCUCCGCGUCUCGAAUCCGCAUAAAAAACGCGCUCACAGCGCCGGUUCCCGAUCGCGAGGCUAAAAUCACUCGUCCUUCACCGUGAGCACAGCGUCGGCUCGAGAACGAACGGAGAAUCCGGUUGGCAAUAUUUCUCCCUAGUGAGAAGUACGCGGCAUGCGGGCGUGCGGUACGCGUGGCGACCACGUACGCGAAGUACUACGGCCCUGCGGUUCUCGCGCUGUCAGAGCGCGACAGUGCGCCGGACGCUCGCUUGACUAAGGGAGUGUCCGUGCCGAUGCAAAGUGUAAGUGAAGUGGCCUACAGACCUACAUUUGUCUAACGUUCCAUUUUUUUACGGGCCGGACUGACAGGAGGUUAACAAUCCGCGUGCGAGGUACCUCUUUUCCGUAAGCGUGGCGUGUGCGUGCGCGUGCGAUGUCGUCGUCUUACGACGAUAUACCGUCGUUCGGCUGAAGGCAAGACAGAGAAAGAGAAAGCGAAGAGUGAACGAGCGAGCAAGUAAGCGAGGCAGUGGUGCAGUUUUGGUACGCUGUUGUCGGACACGGCGCUCUGACCGGCGCGCGGGGUGGUAGUAGUAAAAAAGGGAGAGCGAGGGAGAGACAGAGAGAGAGAGAGAGAGAGAGAGAGACAGCUCGGACGUGCGCGAGCGUGGUAGAGAAGACGGGGACCGGUGGCGCGAGAGAGAGAGAGAGAGAGAGAGAGAGAGAGAGAGAGAGAGAGAGAGAGAGAGAGAGAGAAGAGGAGAACGAUAGGAAGACGUGCGAGCGAGACAUCGAAGAAGAGAGAGCGCGUGUGCUCGUCGUGACGACGUACAGGAGGAGGGACUCGUGUCUGUCUAUCCGUCUGUCUGUCCGUCUGCUGGAAUGCACGAGGGCCGAAUGGCUACGGGUACGGGGGAGAGCGGGGAAGAGCCCGCGACGGUCCUCGACAACAACAGCACCGGCAUCGCGACGACAGCCCCUAUCACGGAAUCGUCCACGUCGUCCUCCUCCUCUGCCGCGACUGUGCCGACGAUCCUGACGGAGAGUACCGCUACGAGCGCCGGUAACCUGCCCUUGACGGGAUCCCAACAACAGAGCCUGCAUCAGGUGCAUCCGCAGCAUCAACAGACGCAACAACAGCAACUGCGACCGAGGGUCAGCUUGAUUAGCGACGUGGCCGCCAGUGAUGUCGCAGAUGGAGCAGCACCCGGCCUUGAUGUCCCUGAACAUGUCGCCGUUCCACUUGAGCCCGCAAGGGCGCCACAGGCCGCCGCCGGGCAGCAGCCCCGCAGCAACCUCAGCAGCAGCAGCAGCAGCAACAGCCGCACUACGGCUCGUCACCUUACGCCGCAGCUCCAGUCGCAGCAACAGCAACAACUGUCCGCGCACAAUCCGGCACAGUCGCAGGGCGGUAUCUCGGGUUCGAGGCCGCCUUCUUCGACUCUACCACUCCCUCGAGGAGCGAUGCCCGAUGUGCGGGACGACAAAUGUCCGGUGUUACAGUACGGCCUGUCAUGCUGGCACGCGACCUUGUUGCCGUUUGAAGAACCUUUGCAAAGACAUUCGCAGCAUCAACAACAACAUCAACAACGUCAUCAUCAUCAUCAUCAUCAACAACAUCAUCAUAAUCAUCAUCGACAACAAUAUCAGCGGCCGUAUCCGGCGACGGCACAGUAA